GCGCGGCGCCACGGGCCGGAGCGCCCCCAAGGGAGCGCGGCUCCGGGGAUGGACCAGGACCCGGCGGGAGCGGCAGCCCAGGAGAUGACCCACAAUGCAGCCGCAGCCCCAGCCACCACCAACCACGUGCACCGAGGACAGGAUCCAGCACGCCCUGGAGCGGUGUCUGCAUGGGUUGAGUGUUGAGCCACUCUCUUCUUCUUGGUCAGCAGCUGGGCUCUGUCUGAACCGCUGGAGCCUGCAGGAGCUGGUGGGAAGGGACCCAGACCACUUCCUCAUCCUUCUCGAGCAAAUCUUGCAGAAAACACGAGAGGUGCAGGAGAAAUGCCGCUAUGACCUCUUCAUUCCCCUGGCCUUGCUCUUCUACUCCACGGUGCUAAGUACCCCACACUUCCCUGAGGACUCAGACCUCCUCCUGCAGGCAGCCAGCACCUACCAUGGCUUCCUUACCUGGCCCAUACCCUACUCGAGUGUCUGCCGGGAGCUGCUGACCGUCAUCGAGGCUGAGCGCCGGGCACCAGGAGUAUCCUUCCAGCGGCUGGUGCGUUCCGAGCAGGGCCUGGUCGUCAACAAGCACCGGAGCUCCACCCUCACGGUCUUGCUGCUGAACCCCUUGGAGGUGCAGAAGGAGUUCCUGUGUGUGGCUCAGCAGCUGAGCGGGGCGGCCUGCUCGCCCCACGGCGCCCACGUCACGCUGCUCCAGCACGUCUACCAGGCCGCGUUCGGCGCCGGCUGUGACCUGGCCGCGCUGGGGGCCGCGCUGCAGGCCAAGACUCUGGCCGAGCUGGCCGAUAUCUUCGCCGACACCACCGAGGCUCAGGAGGCGGCGUCCGGCUCCGGGGACCCCGCCGAAGCCCGGCAGUGGCUGAGCCGGAGGCUGCAGGCCAUAGGGGAAAGAGCCGGCUUCCCCCGGAUUUCAGAGAAGGCCCCACCCCGGAAAUUGCGGACCAUCCCCGUGCCUGUGGCCAGAUGUUACACUUACAGCUGGAAUCAGGACAGCUUCGAGGUCCUGAGUGAGCUCCUGCACCAGGAGGGCGAGCUGCUUCAAAUCGGGGACACCAAGGCGGAGGCCGUGGAGUCCGAGGCGGAGGCCGUGGAGACGGAGGCGGAGGCCGUGGAGACGGAGGCAGAGGCGGAGGAGACGGAGAGUUGCUCCCUGGAGCGGGACUCCCGGCUCUCCCCCCACAGCGCUGUGUCCCGGGACCUGCGGGACGCGCAAGCCUGGGAGACCCCCUCGGCCCCCUGGGACCCCCAGGACUUCGCCUCGGGGCUCUCCAGCAGGGCCCUGGCGUCCUUCGUCUCCGGCCUCUCGGACCACACGGACAGCGGCUACGUGGAGGACAGUGAUGAGAGUUCCCCCGAUCGGUUAGGCGGGCAGGGGGCCCCGGGUAGGUUUGGGGACCCCGGAAGCUCCCUGCGGCCCGCCCGGAGGCUCCCCAGAUUCUACAAACUCUUCAAGCGUCCGAGCCCGGGGCUGCCUUUGCGGCGGGCGGGCAGCCUUUGCAGUCCCCUGGACUGUCCCUCAGCCCCCCCGGUUCGGGCCCAGCGCUCCCUCUCGCUGCCACAGCACGUCCUGCGGGCCCAGCUCCCGGCCCGGCAUCGGCCCGCCGUCCCGGGCUACCGGCGCCGCCCCUUCCUCAGCUGCGACGAGGACCCCAAGGGCUCGACGCUAAGGGUCGUGGUGUUCGGCUCCGACCGCAUCUCGGGGAAGGUGGCCCGAGCCUACAGCGAGCUCCGGCGCCAGGAAAGCAGCCGCCCCGCCCUGACCCGGUACUUCAAGCUGCAGUUCUUCCACAUCCCAGUCAAGAGGAGUCCGCUGCCUGGCCUCCCCACCCCGGCCUGCACAGACUCCUGCAGACUCCCCGGCUCCGGGGAGCUGGCCCCGCCCCGGUCCCCUCUGGAGGAGAGCACCAACAACAUCUCCCACCUCUUGGGCGCUCUGGACCCCUGGUAUAGGUGCAACGUGCUGGACCUCCUGCACCUGCCGGUAGACGUCCUGUGCCAGCAGCCACCGCCGCCGGAGGUCUCCGGGCGGGCUCCGGACCGAGCGGCGGGGCGGCUGCCUAUCCUGGCCGACGUGCUGCUCUACUACUGCCGCUUCGCCACGCGGCCCGUGCUGCUGCAGCUCUACCAGACCGAGUUGACUUUCCUCGGAGGCGAGACGACGACGGAGAUUUUUCUCCAGUCGCUGGAGCUGGGGCACUCUGCCGCCACCAGAGCCAUCAAAGCUUCAGGUCCGGGGAGUAAGAGGCUGGGCAUCGACGGGGACAGCGAGGCCGUCCCGCUAACACUACAGGUCGCCUACAGCACGACCGCGGUCAGCGGGCGCAGCCGCUGGACCCACGUGGAGAAGAUUUGCACCUCGGUCAAUCUCAACAAGGCCUGCCGGAACCAGGAGGAGCUGGGCUGCACCACCACCGACUCCCUGACGCUCACCCUGACCGAGGUAGUGAAGCGACAGAAUUCUAAAUGCAAGAAGAAUUGCAACCAGCUCAGUACGAUGCAGGUCACAGUAGACAAGGUCCAAGUCAUCGGUUUCAGCAACUGCCCCUUUGCUGUGUGUCUCGAUCAGGAUGAGCGAAAAAUCCUGCAGAGUGUGAUCAGGUGCGAGGUGUCCGCCUGCUACAGACCUGAGAGCAGAAGUCCCCUUCCCUCAGAUGCCCAGGACACGUCCGACUUCUCCUCUCUGCUCUACCUUCCCAUCAUGACAUUUAGCGGCGCCCUGCCCUAACCAAGCCCUUCACACACCUGUGUGUGGGUGUCUCUCUCUGUGUGUGAGUGUGUGUGUGAGCGCGCUUGCUUGUUUGGGCCAGGCCUCUCAGGGACACAGAGAGGGUGUGGGCCCAUUCAAGGGCAGGGUCAGGGUCCAGGAGGUUGUUGGGGUGGGAGCUAAGCAUCCCACUCCCUUCCCCUGGUGGGAGGGCUUGAAGAGGGAGAGGCUUGGGCUGGCGGCAUCCCCAAAGAGGGGCUGCCCAUGGAGGCGGGCAGAGGAGCAGUGGCUGGACUCUGGAAUCUCCUCUGGCCUCCAGGCGAGACCUGCCCCAGUGUCUUCCCCGCCAGGGCUCUUGCUAUGGGGGUGGAAUGUCCAGGUCAGAAAGGUGGCUUGUGCUCUCCUUAGGGAGGGAUGACUCUGGACACCCCCUCGCCGAGAAGGGAUAGAAAUCCGGGCCCGCGGCAGCCCCAAAAUGCAGGUUCAAUUCUUCCCCCUCCCGCAGCGGCGCAACCUCCCCCAGGGCCCAACCCCUUGCCCUCUCUGGUGAAGAGCUGUUCGGGUGUGUUGGGGGUUGUGGUGGGGGGGAGCAGAGCUUGGGAGAUGGCUUUUUGUAAAAAUAAUUAUUUAAAUUAAUUAAAAACAUUUAUUUGUGGAA